AUGAAGCCCACGAAAGCUCUAGGCAGAUUACUAUUUUUCACUUCUAUAAUUGCAUCACCUGUGAAUGCAAUUGUAGGAGGGAGUGAGGCAUCCCCGGAUAGUGCACCAUUUACAGUCGCUGUCAUCUCGAGUACUUUCUUUGGUGACACCUAUAUAUGUGCUGGCUCCUUGAUUAGCCCAAAGACGGUUCUUACUACGGCUGGUUGUGUCUCUGGAUCUUCGGCAUCUUCGCUAAAGAUACGAGUGGGUAGUCUCGAGCACGCAACUGGGGGCAAAUUGAACCAGGUUACGAAAGUCAUCAAACAUCCCAAUUAUAACACCAACACUCAAGAUGGCGAUUUUGCCGUCCUCCAUCUCACGGGCCCUGUAACCCUCUACGGAUGGGGAAAGACAGACAAGCUGUCGGAUAAAAAUCCUCGAACACUGCAACAGCUCCAGACGACUUUUAUUUCCGCUGAUGAUUGCAACAAGUUAUGGUCGGACAUCAAUCCAGUGACCCUCAACAUGAAUUGUGACGCGGCGCCAGAGAAGGAACAGGGCUCUUGUUCCCAGGACCAAGGGGGUCCCGUUGUGAAUGAAUCUGGAGAGCUGGUGGGCAUUAUAGGAUACUACAAUUACUGUCAGCCGUCUUCAAACGGUCGCCCUGAUGUCAACAAUGACCCGUUAAGCGCAGACGACUGGAUCGCUCAGAAUACCAUCUGA